UUCAUUUUAGUUAACAUAAUUUCCUCAUUCGUUGAUUUCCAUGGCGCUGCCUUCGAACCUUAUACCGGACGAAGCUAGCCCGGAGUGGCUGAACAAAGGCGACAACGCAUGGCAGCUAACAGCGGCAACCCUUGUGGGUCUCCAAAGCAUCCCGGGCCUUGUGAUCCUCUAUGGAAGCAUGGUGCAAAGGAAAUGGGCUAUAAACUCGGCUUUCAUGGCGUUUUACGCCUUUGCAAUGGUUAUUGUAUGUUGGGUCGGGUGGGGUUUUCGCAUGUCAUUCGGGGACAAACUAGUCUUCUUCUUAGGAAAACCCGCCGUCGCAUUAGACGAGAAGUUCUUGCUGGAUAGGGCAUUGCUCCUGUACUUUCCGACCGCGACGAUGGUGUUCUUUCAGUCGGUUUUCGCAGCGAUCACGGUGAUUUUGAUCGCCGGAUCGCUUCUCGGGAGAAUGAACUUUCGUGCAUGGAUAAUUUUCGUGCCAUUAUGGCUUACGUUUUCGUAUACGGUUGCAGCUUUCAGCAUAUGGUGUCCUCAAGGAUGGUUGGCAAAGCUAGGCGUAAUCGAUUUCGCUGGCGGAUUCGUUAUUCACCUUUCGGCUGGAGUUGCAGGUUUUACUGCAGCAUUCUGGGUUGGUCCAAGGGCUGAAAAAGACAGGCGAAAUAGUCCUCCAAAUAAUGUGAUUCUGAUGCUCGCCGGUGCUGGAUUGCUUUGGAUGGGGUGGAGCGGGUUCAACGGCGGAGCUCCAUUUGUUGCAAGCACUAUUUCAAGUCUGGCCAUCCUUAACACUCACGUUUGCACCGCCACAAGCCUCUUGACUUGGCUCCUCCUCGACUAUUUCUUCUUCGGGAAACCCUCUGUACUCGGCGCCAUUCAAGGGAUGAUCACCGGCCUCGUUUGCAUCACUCCGGCAGCAGGUGUGGUUCAUUGCUGGGCAGCUAUUAUAAUGGGAAUAGUAUCAGGAAGUGUUCCAUGGUACACAAUGAUGAUUCUUCAUAACAAAGUUAAUCUACUGAGGUCGAUCGACGAUCCCAUCGCCAUAUUCCACACCCACGCCGUCGCAGGCGGCCUCGGCGGCAUCCUUACGGGCUUCUUCGCCGUGCCAAAGCUUUGUCGCCUUUUCUACAUGGUGACGGACUGGGAAAAAUACCUUGGUCUCGUUUAUGGCCUGCAAAAUGGUCGGACAUCUGCUGGUUUUAAGCAAAUGGGGAUUCAAAUUGCAGCCAUGGCAUUCGUGAUCGUGUUCAAUGUUGUUAUGACGAGCAUUAUUUGUUGGUUCGUUGGGUUAAUUGUUCCACUGAGAUUGUCGGAUGAAGAACUGGAAGACGGCGACGAUGCCGUCCACGGCGAGCAAGCCUUUGCUUUGUGGCACGAUAGAGAGAGGCUUCUCAGUUCUAAGCAUAACAAUAAAGUGUAUGAUACUGAUGAGUUGUCCUUUGUAGAAUCUAAACCAGGUAAAGUUGAAUUGGUGUGAAGAAAUGUUUAUGUUUUUCU